GAAUUACUUGAUGAAAAAGUUGUUAUUUUUCAUAUGUGGAGCGCCAGGUGUGGAUAAAUUGUCAUCAAUAAGAAUACCGCAACAAGGUUUUACACUACCCGAUAAUUGUGACAGCGAAGAUUACCUGAACCGUUGUCGCUUUUCUCCGUAUUAUUUCUUUCUUCGACACCCAGAAGCAGGCUUAGGUCGCUUUUGUAAACAAGUCAGUCAACACCUCUCAGAAUAUCAAGUCGCUAUUGUAGAAGAUGAACAAGGUGACAUACCAUUAUUGGAAGAAAUUCACAGAGCUAUAAAUAGAAGGUUGAAUCAAGAAGAACAAGUGGAAGUGUUGGUUAACAAGUUUUUAUUGAUGGUAACAGACUUUGGUAUUUGUAGAGAGGGAAUUUUGAAACAAUUGGCAAGUUCAAUAAGAAAGUUUGAACUGACAAAGGACGGUUUGGCUAAAACAGCCCUUUCGAAGCAAAUCUUGUGUCAGCAGCUCGCUCAACAAGUAUACGCAGAUUCGGUUUUCAUAUCUGCCUGGGAAACGAGUGAAAAUCGCGAAGCAAUCAUUUCCUUGACAGAGCAAAAUGGAUACAAAAGUAUAUCAGUGCAUCAAACACAAAUAUGCAACCCAGUUGAGGAGAUCCAUAAUAAUGAAGAGCCAACUGCCUUGUUCUUAUUUCUCUCAGUUUCCAUUAGUAAUGCCAUUGCAAGUUUGAAGGAAGAACAACUCCACAAGUUGAGAGAAUGGAUUCCACGGGAAAGUAUUUUGGUUGUGCUGGGCAAGUUUUACUCGGAAACGACAACGAGUAUAUCAAAUUUUUCAAAGUCUUUGGCUCAUCGAUUGAACCGAACUGUUGUGGGCAUACAGUUAUGGGAUGGAUUAUGGAAGCACUCUGAUGAUCUAUUCAAAGCUGGAUAUAUUCUGAUGUCAUCGCUUAUGUCUUGUCCAUCGAUUGCGCUUGUCCUUUUUGAACCAGGUCCGAAUGAGAUGAUGGUAGAUUCUUCUGUCAUCCCUGCCGUUGAUUUGGAAAGUAUUAUGCGAGGAAGAGAAGUAGAAAGUGUAUGGCAACUUGUAUUGCGCAAAUGGAAUAUGGAGAAAAGAAAUGUUGUUUGGGAAUGUCAAGGACUGUACAAGUUCUUGGACAAUUGGUAUUUAGAGCAUCAAGGAAAGUGCCUUUUAGAAAUAUGCGUUGUUGAAACUUGCCAUUCUCUUGUAGAUUCACAACGAGAGAGUCAGCAAACAGGACAAUGCAUUUCAUCAGCAACUCUAAAAAACGAAGCUCUUUUGAAUAUCAAUCCUGCUUGCUGCAAUUUAUUAGACAAGGAAAGCAUUCGACAUUAUGCCAGUUUCCAUCCCAAGUUGGUAGAAAAUGCUGAACAGUUGUUGGAGAAGCACCGUAUAGAAGUAUUAUUUCCAUCAUCCAAUGAAGUGGAAUGUAUUAUGGAAGCCAGUCAAACGGGAAGUUAUUAUCACGUUUCAUUUUCUACACAAGACGAUCCUCCAGCUUUGAAGGAAACACAAUGUGAUUGUCCCUACUUUGCUAAACAAAAGAAAAUGCAAAAGAAUAGAUUCUUAUUUUGCAAGCAUAUUUUAGCUUUGAUGAUUCGGGUUCACCAGUUACUCACAGAACAACCUAUGAAUGAAGAAGUAGUUGACACUUGGAAGGAAGAAAAGAAGGAGGACGCUAUGGAAACUUACCAAGAAACGAAAGGAAAUGAAACACAAGACAAUACUUUGUUCACAUUUUCCAAUGUCGAUGAUGAUGUUGACAAGAAUGAGUAUAGCAACGACACUCCAGAAUUGUGGACAGUGAAGCCAAAUGCACCUAGAAGACUACCAGCUUUUGUGAAUCAUAUUUCUGUUACUACAAAUGCAGCACAACCCAGGAGAAAGAAACCAUUGAAAAGAAAAAUUUCUCCAGUUGAAACCAGCGAAUCCGAAUCGGAAUCCCACAGUUGGGAAGCAAGUGGUGUGGACAAUAAAACUAUUCUAGUAAAUGAAGCAGCUCAAGCACAUAAGAUGACAAGUCAACAAGGCGAUGAGAUGGAACAAUCCAGUUAUCCAUCCAAGUCGACAUCGAAUGCUUUUUACAAAUAUUUACUAUUCGGAGAUGAGUCGGAUGAAGAGGAAGCAUCGAUUCCGCCCAUUCUUUCUCAGGAAACAAGUCUUUCAACGGAAUCCUGGAAUGCUUCCAAAGAGUCAAAUGCGAUGUUGAUGGAUGGAUCAUCAAUCUUUGGUAAAACUGAGAACACUUUAGAUAUUCCAUCAUCAAGCAAGGAAAAUAAUGCUUCCUAUGAAACACAGCCUAUUCAAAAUGUUGAUGAUAGUUUGGAAGUGUUUCUUCAAAUGGAUAAAAAACCCAAGCGAAGUAUUCGAGACAAACUCGCAGGUCUACAAGAAUAAACUUUCAUAAAGGUUUAUUGAUUGCC